GCCCGUGUGUGGCUCUACAAUCCGCCUGCCUUCCGUGACGUGGCAAUACGUGCAACACCGGACAUUGAGGGCCCCAGGACACAGGUCAUCCUAAGACCUGGACAGCGCUUCAUGGUGUCCGAGGAGCAUGUGGGCACGGAUGGCAUCCGGUAUCUGAAGCUCGCAGACGGCUCUGGCUGGAUGUUUGAGAACAAGCCUGGAGCCGGAGUGCUCUGCGUUCGCCAGAACGGUGGCAUGCCCCAAGACCUCCUGUCGAGGCUAAGCGACCGGGCGCCGCAAGAUGACAAGCUCAUGCAUGUGGAGGAUGCGAAGGCUUUCUUGAUGCACAUGCACAGGAUUCUGAACACGAAGCAAGUGCGGCCUGUGGUGGAAGGCCUGCAGAGGGAGCUUCCGGAAAGAAUACGGAGCGUCACCGAGGUUCAGAAGAGCCAAGAGACCGAGCUGACCAUAGAGAAGGCCAAGCGAGUUCUCAUCGAUGCCUGCAAAAGUCUCUUCAAGGACUUCGGCUUCCAGGUGUCUCAGGAGGGUCAGCAGGAGUUGCUCGAAGCGUUGCGAGAACACGAGCCAUGCAACCUGGUCUACAUCAUGGCCACGAGCAUCGAGCUGGUGCUGCAGAUCCCUCCUGGAGGUUGGUUCGGCCUGAGUCAGCUUCGCCGGGGAUUCCAGGACGGCGAGCAGUGGCUCGUGCGCUUGGAUGGCGUGGACGAGGAGCUCUUGCGAGCAUGUUGGCAGCGAUGCCAUGAGGGGUGA